AUGUUUCGUAACCUAAUACUACUGCUAAAUGUAUGUUUGCUUUUUAAAAUAUUUUCUUGUCAAGAAAUUGAUUUAAAUAUUUGUCCAAAUGGUCUUACAAAUUUUCCACCAGAUCCACAAUGGCCUAUUAAUAUACCGAAUCGUUUUGAAAUUAUUACUGAAUUAACAACUGAUGUUGAAACAAUUGAAAUAACUCAAUUGUUCUUAGGUCAUAAUAAAGAUGUCAUUUAUUUUCAUAAUUAUGAAGCAAAUUUAAGUACAUAUUAUGAUUUUGAAAUUAAUGAAAUGUUAACUAUAAAUGAUAAAUUAAAAUGUGAUCGUACAGAAAUUAAACCAAAUGAAUAUUUACCAUUUGCUACAAGUCAAAUUGUAAAACCUUCGAUUUUAUUAGGUUUUAAUGGACGAAAUAAAUAUAAUGAUGCAUUUUUUACACGAUAUAUUGGUAAAGAAACUAUUCGAGAUGGUAUUUUAACUCAAAAAUUUCAAGCAUGUUUUUAUAUUGAUCAAGAAAAUAUAACUAUUAAUGCAACUUAUUAUAUAAGUGAAUCUUCACCUGAUCAAAUUACUCCAGAUAUUAGACCAGAUAUUGUUCAAAUAGAUGUUCGUUCAAAUGAUUAUCCAUAUACAUAUAAUAUUAUUCGUUACGUAUCAAAUCCUUCACUGACGAUUAAAACACCAUCAGGUGCGUAUUGUCCAAAUCGAACAAUUACAAAAGAAUUUCCACAAAAUAUACCAUCUCGUUUAUCUAUACAUGCUGACGCCUAUACACUUAAAGAUAAUGAUCACCCAUCAAGAAUUGAAUCGUAUAAUCGUCUUAUUGAUGAACCAUCUGAAUUUGAACGACUUGAUUAUACUAUGAAUAAAAUAGAUACAAUGUCUCCACCAAGUACAUUACUUGUUGAUUAUUCAACAAAAUUACAAUAUAUGUAUACACGUCAAACUCAACAAUGUACAGUUACGAAUAUAACGACUCUAUCAAUGCAUAAUACAAAUGAAUUAUUAUUUCAAUUUGGUCAUGUAAAUGAUUCGAUUCGAUUUCAAUAUACUGGAUUAACAGGAUGUGGACGAGAACAUAUUCAAUGUCAUAGAUGGAUUGGCCAAUAUGAUUCGGAUGGAUUUGUUCAACAAUAUGAAUGGUUUUGGAGUGCAACAUUUAAUGAAAUUGAUUUACAAGAAUUAAUUCCUAUUAAAGCUUACAUAUCGACAACUGUGAAAUCAGAACCACGUAAAACGGUAAAUCAAGAAAUUAAUAUAUUUAAUUAUAAUUCUCGACCAAAUUCAAUGCAAAUGAUUGAUUCAACUCUAGGUGAAUGUUAUCGAUCAUUAGGUCCAAGUCAAGGUUUUAAUUAUGCUAUACUUCGUAUGACACUUAAUAAUGAUGAGAAAUAUCCAGUACAUAAACAAUUAUUAUCACUUGAACGUCAUUUACAUAUUCAAUUAGCAAAUGAUCUUAAAAUUCGUCAUAUUCGUUUAUCAUCAUUUGUUAUUGAUAUAACACGUGACACAACUGAUCAUCAAGAUAAAGAUAUUUAUGUUACAUUUACUCUUCUUGAAAAUCCACCUGGAGUAUCAAAUUCUUUGAAAGAACCAUCAUUAAUAGAAUUAAUUCGACAGUUAGCUAAACAAAUAAAUGAUGGACAUUUUCAUAUUCGAGAAGAUGAUGGACCUUAUGACUUAUAUGCUCGACCAAAUAGUCUUCAAACAUUAGUACUUUAUCUAUCACCAUCAGAAACUAAUAUAGAUUAUUCUAAUGGAACAAUAUUUGUUUAUCAUAAUAUUACACAAAUUGUGUAUAAACAACGUCAAAAAAUAGUUCUGAAACGUACAGGACCAUUAAUAGCUGCAUUAUGGACUGGAUUUGUUUUAUUAGGUAUGAUUGUUACAAUAGCUAUAGGUUCUUUUGUCGCAAUAAGAAAAUGGACACCAACUAUUAAUCAUGAAAGUACAUGA